AUGGACGUGGGACAGCGCUGGACGUGGUGCUCGGAUUUAGAGAAAGACCAGAAAAGUUUUUUGGCUUUGUGCAUCGUUGUUCGAUCGAGAGCAUCGAACUUCACUCAUAACUCCUCUUCAGGCUGUGGGAAAGUCUUGGUGGGGAAAGUUAUUGCGAAGAGUAAGCGUCCCAAAGAACCUGGAGAAAACAGAAUAAGGCCUGUUAACAAGAAAGUAAAACCCAAGACUCCCAAAAUGAAGGAGAGGGAAUCUGUGGACUCCUCUUUGAAGUCCCAGUCCAUACUGACACAGGUGAUGGAUAAGGGUCAUUUCCAGAAACUAGCUGCCACCUUAAGCCUGGCUGCAGGACAAAGCAUAGAACUGCGAUGUAAGGGGAGUAAUGUUACUUGGAACUAUCCUUCUUAUUUAGACACCUUUAAAGACUCCAGACUCAGCAUAAAGCAGCUUGACAGAUAUAGUCAGCUGAUCCUUGCAAACUCCACUGCAGCAGACACAGGUGAAUACAGCUGCUGGCUUCAGCUGUGCAGUGGUAACAAAUGCAGGAAGGAUGAGACUAGAACAGGGUCAACAUACAUCUUUUUCACAGACAAAGAGGAACUUUUUGUACCUACUCCCAGUUAUUUUGAGAUUGUCUACCUGAACCCAGAUAAACCUGCAGUCAUCCCAUGCCGCGUUACUACUCCUUCAGCAAAAGUGACUCUUCACAGGGAAUUUCCAGCAGAAGAAAUUGAGACAGAUGGAACUGAUGUUAUUUAUGAUGCAAAGAAGGGUUUUGUCCUCCAGCACCCUACUUCUGAUCAUAAAGGUAUUGUCUACUGCAAAGCAGAGUCACAGGGAGCACCUCAGAUUUCCAUCAAGUAUCACCUACUGUAUGUGGAAGUUCCCAAGGGCCCACCCUCAGCCACAAUUGCAGUGUCGUCCAGUAGAGCCGGACUCAGUGACAGAGUUCAUGUCAUCUGCACAGUCCUUGGGGAGCCAGAUGUGGAUGUGAACUUCAGCUGGCAGUAUCCAGGGCAAGAGUCUGGGAGGCCUGUGAUUACUCAAAACUUCUGGAGAUUGAUAAACAGAGGAAUUGGACAUACUACAAGAAUCUCAAAGAGUGUUCUUCUUGUGGAGGAUUUUGAAGACAUAGAUGUGGGAAGCUAUGUUUGCAUAGCUCAGAACCUACAAGGAGAAACAACAGUAGCUACCAAAGUUGAACUAAAGUGAUAGGAAAGACUUCUGGACGUGGACUGACCUGUAUGUUAUUUGACAUUAUUGCCAUGAAUUUACUUUAUUAUUGUUUCAAUGUAGCUUCUCUCUGUUUCUUUUAUACGUCAAUGCAUUCCAUGUUGACUAGCUUGACAGGCCACAACAGAGUUCACUCUGUCCAGCAGCAGUGAGUUGUGAGUUAAUGAAACUAUGAUGAAGCAUUAAAGUUUAAGUCUGAACAUGCAUAGGGCAUGUGCAUAUUUAGAAACAGGUGCUCUUUGGGCUUUCCUUUGCAUUUGGUCUUUUCUCUCAGGCUCUUGCAUGAGGUCAACCCACUGUGUGGAAUGUGCAAUUUUAACAUUAAGAUUACUGUACAUGUUUAAAAUAACAACAACAAAAAAGCAAACUAAAAAAGCCUCGUAACAAAGUUAGCCAAUAGCAGUUGUUUAUUUUGCAAGAAUAAUUAAAUUUUUGAACAUUA